UCAUGCUGCUGCCAGGUCCAGAGUCUCUCAUGGGUCCCUGUACGGCCUCCCAUUGCUGCUGUCUCCAUCGCCACACUCUGCCAUGUGCCACUUUCAGGUCUCCUCACACUGCUGGUGUGUUCCAUUUUUUGUCAUAGGGUGCUGGCAGAUUACGGGCCUCCCAUAGCUGCUGCCAGGCCCUCUAAUCUGCCAUGGGCCCCUAUACCGCCUCCUCAUGCUGCUGCCAGGUCCAGAGUCUCUCAUGGGUCCCUGUACGGCCUCCCAUUGCUGCUGUCUCCAUCGCCACACUCUGCCAUGUGCCACUUUCAGGUCUCCUCACACACUGCUGGUGUGUUCCAUUUUUUG